UUGGGGAAGCUUUCGACGGAAUUUUAGCCCAAUUUAUUUUUGUGCUUGGGCCACAUCCUAAAAUAUUGGUGUACUGAAAUUAGUUUGAAACUCUCUAUUUAAUGUGAAAUUUUAAGAGAGUCAUUCUAUUUUGAUCGGAAGUCGGAGAAUAUGGGCACUCCAAAGAAUAAUGGGCCUUUAAUAGACCCAGCUUUGUGUCGCUGCUGCAGGGCAAUAAAGAAAUGUAGAAUUCUUACUGUUGAAUACACUUGGAUGGAUAACAAAGAAGUUUAUGCUGACAUGGUGAUGGACUGCUUUGGAAUCCUGUUGUCACAUGUGGAUGAUAACGAACGAGACAGCGGCGUGUGUGCGACGUGCGUGGUGCGGUUACGUGACGCGUGCGCAUUCAGGCAGCAAGUGUUGCAGUGUGAAGAACUAUUCCUGCACGCUAAGCUAUCCGACAAAGAACCCGAUGAAGAGAUUAAGAAACCCCUGGUGAUUGAGCCAAAACCAGAGCCUAAAGACGACAUGAGCGAUCACCAGUCGACUGGCGCCUUGGACCAUGACGACGGUCUGUCAAUGGACUACGCGCCUGACGUCGACGAUGCACAUGAUAUAGCACCCCCAGUGAAAGAAGAAAGCAAAGACGCCCAGCUAACUCAACUGCCAACUAAAAACGCCCACAAGUCCUCAGAAGAGAGCGCAGAAGAAUCUUACGUGUCCUCUUCAGACUCCGACAAGCCGAUCAAGAGGAAAAGAACAAAGAAAAAGUCCAAGAGUAACGGUGCGUCCACGAAGAAAGUUAAAACGAAGAAACAAAAAGCAGGAUCAUCAAAGAAAGCUGUGAAAAUAAAGAAGCCACCGGUUGAGAAGAAAAAUAAUUACGACAGAGAUUUAGAUUGCAUGUCCGAGGAGAAUCUGCUGACCAUAAUACAGUACUCCUACGUGGUUCCUUUCAAGAACCGAAGAAAUAACUACUACUGCUUCUACUGCAAAGACUAUUAUCCGAAGCCUGAAGAUCUCAGAGAACAUACGGUUACCCAUGACACAAAGCCUUUCCAACUGUUAAUGGGCUACAGGAAAAUGCCAAAAAUCGACAUAACAAGAAUAGACUGCAGAUUGUGUUCGACUAAAAUAGACGAUAUCAACGUAUUCAAGCAGCACAUAGACCAAGUUCACGGCAAGAAGAUAUUCUUCGAAGCGCCAGACAAAAUGUUACUGUUCAAAUUAACAUGGAACGAUUUAGUGUGCGUUAUGUGUAAUGACGUGUUCGAAGAUUUCAACACUCUGAACACUCAUAUGGUGGGACAUUUUAGUAAUUACACUUGUGAUAUAUGUGGUUUUUGUUUCUUAGAGAAGCCUCGUUUGGACGCUCAUUUGAAACGUCAUAAAGACGACGAACGUCAUACGUGUGAAGUGUGCGGUAAAGUGUUUAAAUCUAAUCAUUAUAAGGACAUGCAUGUGGAUAUUGUACAUAAAAAGAAAGCUAUAAUCCGGUGUCCUAGAUGUGAUGAGUGUUUUAUGUCGUACGCGUUGAAGAACAAACAUCUCACCGAAGCCCACGGUCAGAACAGAACGUAUCCGUGCAACCUCUGUGACAAAGUUUAUAAUAGACAGAAAACUUUGACGGAACAUCAGAGGAGGAAUCAUCAGAAGGUGCUGAAACACCAAUGUGAGUAUUGCGAUCAGAGAUUUUACUUGCCGUCUAGGUUGAAAGAACAUAUGGCUACGCACACCGGUGAGAGGAACUUUAGAUGCGAAUAUUGUGAUAAGUCUUAUCCUAGGUUGAAAUCUUUGCAGUAUCAUAUUAGGACGCAUACUAAUGAUAGGAGGUAUAGAUGUCAUAUAUGCGGGCAAGCGUUUAUACAGAACACUAGUUUGAAAUCACAUAUUAAGAGUCAUCAUCCAGAGUGCGAUAUUGAUGGAUGUUAUUUUUAAAGGAGAAAUAAAGCUUUGUAUGUUUCUCGUUAUGUUUUAUAGGAAUGAGGGAAUAUUUAAAAAAAAACCGUUCAAAACCAGAUGUCACAUCAAGUAAUAAGCCAUAAUAUAUCAAAUUUCCUCAAUUAGUCUCCAAUGGUUUAAGGUUUAAAAUUGAGUAAAG